UUUUAAUCAUUCUAAUGACUACUCUUCUAAUUACUCCAACUUUAAAUUCUACUAAUCAAUUUGCUACCAGUUUUGCCCUUCAUUUACUCAAAGCUAGUCGAUCAACUAAUGAGAAUAGACAACUUUUUGCUUUGGUUUCUCCUAAAGAUGGAACGAAGAUUUCAAAAUCACUGGAACUUUAUCUGAAUGGAGGUCAACUCAAUAUUUUGUUUGGUUCUGCUGGUUCUCAAAAGAUUGUUAAGAGAGUUGUUGAGGUUAAUAAGGUUUGUGAUUUAAGUUUAGUAUUGUCAAGGGUCAUAAACCUGUCCGUGAUUCCCCUGUAUGUCUCUGGUUAGCCUUAUGCCUUAGGUUUCAAGACCGGGCACUUCAGGUUCCGGAGACGGCCCGUUUGUCUUCUCCGGUUUCUCUGUGGGAUAAGAUUUAAGACUGUGUAAUCUGGUGAUGGCUCGUUUGUCUUCUCUGUUUGUCUCUGGUUAGCCUUAUCC